UGACAUCGAUUUCUUGUGAAAUUUCAUGUGUAGAAUUCUAAUGUUCUAGAAUAAAGAAUUGUGUUUAAGAUUUUAAAUUAGUUAUAUAAAACGAAACGAAUAUGUCCUUGUUUGGAGAUAUAAUACCUAAAAAUGAGGAGAAAAACAAUCAGGCUACUUCUAGCCUGUCUCCGUACUUGAACUUCGAUCCACAUUACAUCCCGAAAAUGCAACCAGAAUUCCUAUAUCCAGAUGACAGACAUAUGGCAUCAACAGCUAGAAGGUCUAAUGUAGCUCUCCCCAUUAUAGGAAUGUCCUUCAUGACCGGUUCAGGCCUUGGCGGUGUGACCGGUUUCUAUAAAGGUUUAAGGGCGACCACUCUGGCUGGACAGACUGGGAAAGUUAGACGAACCCAGGUUGUAAACUACAUCAUGAAACAAGGCACAACAACUGGCUGCACCCUAGGCAUCAUCGCAUCCUUCUAUUCCUGCAUAGCACUCGGCGUCACGUGGAUCCGAGAUAAAGAAGACACCGCGAACACAUUCAUCGCCGCCGCAACCACGGGCAUGAUCUACAAAAGCACCUCAGGCCUUCGGUCAAUGGGCCUGGGUGCCGCCGUUGGUCUAACUUUAGCCGGCGUCUACACACUAGUUACAGAUAAUGACAAUAUAUGGAGUAAAGCUCGAUACAACCGAUUGUGAUUCAAUUACCGCCUAUUUUAGAAAUUUUGUAAAUAUUAUUUUAGUCAACGCACCAAAGGAUCACGCUGCGAACUUAUUGAAGCCAUGUUCGUACGCUUGAUGGUUAGUGCAAUGUUAUUCUGCGAGGUCGUAGUCCCCGUACUAAGCAGGAGUACAAAAAAUGCGCAUUAUUAAAUUAAAAACAAUUGUUG